AUGUCUUUGUGGAGUACCUACCGAUCCCUCACCCCGAAAACACGGGCCUUAUUCGGCGUUGGCGUGAUGGCCUGGGCAACGAUUGGUCUUUGGACAUCGCCGCAGGUUGAAAGCGCACUUGGCAUGCAGGCAACGAAGGAUGAGCAGGAGGUUUUGGAUAAGCAGCUUGCUGUGAGGAUUUCGAGGGUUGGUGGGGAGGGAAAGGAUGAGCGGGCGCAUUGA